AUGCCUUGUGGAAAGAUGAUGACGCAGAGAGAAAAGCAGCCCAAGGUCACACUCGCCUGCCUCCUCUUCGCUGCUGCAGGCUGCUUUGCGGACCUGAAUGAGGUUCCUCAGGUCACUGUCCAGCCUUCUUCCACUGUCCAGAAGCUCGGAGGAACGGUGAUCCUGGGCUGCGUGGUGAAGCCCCCCUGGAUGACCACCACCUGGCGCCUGAACGGGAAGGAGCUGAACGGCUCAGAUGACACCCUGGGCAUCCUCAUCACCCGCGGGACCCUCGUCAUCACUGCCCUCAACAACCACACUGUGGGCCGUUACCAGUGUGUGGCCCGGAUGCCUGCAGGGGCCGUGGCCAGCGUACCAGCCACCGUGACACUAGCCAAUCUCCAGGACUUCAAGUUAGAUGUGCAGCACGUGAUUGAAGUCGAUGAGGGGAACACAGCGGUCAUCGCCUGCCACCUUCCCGAGAGCCAUCCAAAAGCCCAGGUCCGGUACAGUGUCAAACAGGAGUGGCUGGAGGCCUCCCGGGAUAACUACCUGAUCAUGCCAUCGGGGAACCUCCAGAUCGUGAACGCCAGCCAGGAGGAUGAGGGAAUGUACAAGUGCGCCGCCUACAACCCGGUGACGCAGGAAGUGAAGACCUCAGGCUCCAGCGACAGGCUGCGCGUGCGCCGCUCCACUGCUGAGGCUGCCCGCAUCAUCUAUCCACCAGAGGCCCAGACCAUUGUUGUCACCAAAGGCCAGAGUCUCAUCCUGGAGUGUGUGGCCAGCGGGAUCCCACCCCCGAGGGUUACCUGGGCCAAGGAUGGCUCCAGUGUUGCCAGCUACAACAAGACACGUUUCCUGUUGAGCAACCUCCUCAUCGACACCACCAGUGAGGAGGACUCUGGGACCUACUGCUGCAUGGCCGACAAUGGGGUUGGGGAGCCCGGGGCCGCGGUCAUCCUCUAUAAUGUCCAGGUGUUUGAACCCCCCGAGGUCACCAUGGAGCUGUCCCAGCUGGUCAUCCCUUGGGGCCAGAGCGCUAAGCUCACCUGUGAGGUGCGUGGGAACCCCCCGCCCUCUGUGCUGUGGCUGAGGAACGCUGUGCCCCUCACCUCCAGCCAGCGCCUCCGACUAUCUCAUCGGGCCCUGUGGGUGGUCAGCAUGGGGCCCGAGGAUGAAGGUGUCUACCAGUGCAUGGCUGAGAAUGAGGUUGGGAGCGCCCAUGCUGUGGUCCAGCUGAAGACCGCCAGGCCAGGCACCACCCUGAGACCGUGGUGGGAUACUCAGUCGGCCACUGUCACACCUCCAGUGCCACCCUCCAGACCUGGCAGCCCUGACCAGAUGCCCAAGGGCCACCCAGGGCUAUUGAGGCCCCCAGCAUCAGCGCAGCCAGCCUCCCCACAGUGUCCCGGGGGUCAGGGGCCAGUGGCCCCUGCCGAGGCUCCCAUCAUCCUCAGCUUGCCCCGCACGUCCAAGACUGACUCGUACGAACUGGUGUGGCGGCCUCGGCAUGAGGGCAGCAGCCGGGCACCGGUCCUCUACUACGUAGUGAAACACCGCAAGCAGGUCACCAACUCCUCUGAUGACUGGACCAUCUCUGGCAUUCCGGCCAGCCAACACCGCCUGACCCUCACCAGACUAGACCCUGGGAGCUUGUAUGAGGUGGAGAUGGCGGCCUACAACUGUGCAGGCGAAGGCCAGACAGCCAUGGUCACCUUCCGAACUGGACGACGGCCCAAACCUGAAAUUGUGGCCAGCAAGGAGCAGCAGAUCCAGAGAGAUGACCCUGGAGCUGGCCCCCAGAGCAGCAGCCAGCUGGACCAUGGCCGCCUGUCCCCCCCAGAAGCUCCAGACAGGCCCACUAUCUCCAUGGCUUCUGAGACUUCAGUGUAUGUGACCUGGAUUCCCCGUGGGAACGGUGGCUUCCCCAUCCAAUCCUUCCUUGUGGAGUAUAAGAAGCUGAAGAAAGUGGGGGACUGGAUUCUAGCCACCAGCGCCAUCCCUCCCUCCCGGCUCUCAGUGGAGAUAACAGGCCUAGAGAAAGGCACCUCCUACAAGUUCCGAGUCCGGGCUCUGAACAUGCUGGGGGAGAGCGAGCCCAGCACCCCCUCCCGGCCCUACGUGGUGUCAGGCUACAGCAGCCGAGUGUACGAGAGGCCUGUGGCAGGCCCUUACAUCACCUUCACUGAUGCCGUCAAUGAGACCACCAUCAUGCUCAAGUGGAUGUAUAUCCCAUCAAGUAACAACAACACCCCAAUCCACGGCUUUUAUAUCUAUUACCGACCCACAGACAGUGACAACGACAGUGACUACAAGAAGGAUAUGGUGGAAGGGGAUCGAUACUGGCAUUCCAUCAGCCACCUACAGCCAGAGACCUCCUAUGACAUUAAGAUGCAGUGCUUCAAUGAAGGAGGGGAGAGUGAGUUCAGCAACGUGAUGAUAUGUGAAACCAAAGCUCGGAAGUCUGCAGGUCAGCCUGGUCGACUUCCACCCCCAACUCUGGCCCCACCUCAGCCACCACCCCCUGAAACCAUAGAGCGGCCAGUGGGCACGGGGGCCAUGGUGGCCCGCUCCAGCGACCUGCCCUACCUGAUUGUUGGGGUCGUCCUGGGCUCUAUCGUCCUCAUCAUCGUUGCCUUCAUCCCCUUCUGCUUGUGGAGGGCCUGGUCUAAGCAAAAGCAUACAACAGACCUGGGAUUUCCUCAAAGUGCCCUUCUGUCCUCCUCUUGCCAAUAUACUAUGGUACCACUGGGAGGGCUCCCAGGCCACCGAGCCAGUGGGCAGUCUUACCUCAGUGGCACCAACGGCCGGGCCUGUGCCAAUGGGGUAUACAUGAACAGGGCCUGCCCUGUAGCUGCCGUGGGCUACCCAGGCAUGAAGCCACAGCAGCACUGUCCAGGGGAGCUUCAGCAGCAGGAGGAUGUGAACAGCAUGCUGAGGCAGACCUUUCUUGGCAGUGGAUUCGACCCCCACAGUCCACAGAUUCCCAGAGCACCCAGGUCUAACCCAGAUGAGGGCGCUUUCCUGUAUACACUGCCCGAUGACUCAGCUCACCAGCUGCUCCCGCCACACCACGAUUGCCACCACCUCCAGGAGCAGCCUGAAGCCACGGGCCAGCCAGGCAUGAGGAGUGUACUCCAGAGUCCUGGGCUGGAAGCCAUGUGGGACCCUGUUUUUCACCCAGGACCCCCAUGCUGCCUGGGCCUCGUGCCGGUUGAAGAGGUGGACAGUCCCGACUCCUGCCCCGUGGGGAAAGGAGACUGGUGUCCCCAGCACCCCUCAGGGGCCUAUGCGGGGCAGGAACUCGGGGUGCGGCUCUCCCCCAGCCCACCAGUGCAUAUGUCUUUUGAAACACCACCUCCUACAAUUUAG